AUGAUUUAUCUGACAUAUCUUAAAACAAGCCAUUUUAAACUUAAGUCUGACGAUGUAGAACCAAAGCCCCUUACUGACAAUGGGGGAGUAUUCCUCCUCAGGAAUUCAUGUACUUCGGACAUUCUGUUGUAUACAAAUAAAACGUGUAGGAAUAGCUAUCUAGAGCAGGAGAUACCAUGCUGGAGUACUAAUGUGAGUUCCUUAUCUAGGGGAGAAAAGCACAAUCACCUGAAUAUGCUAAGCACACAAAGCACUCAAAAUGAAGAAGACGACGAAGGCGAAGAUGAAGACAUACCAACAGGAGGAAAUGAACUCACGACCAGUUUGCAUAAGAGGGACACACAUUUUGUUAUGUACAAAUAUGAACCCAAUUUUUGCGCAACCCAAAUGCCGAAAGGUACACAUCAGAAAAAGAUAAGCAAAGUAAAGAGAGAAAGAAAUAUAUCAAAUGAGGACAAUACAUCGAAGAAAGGCCAACUAUUAUCUAUUAAAAACAAUUUCAAACGGAAAAAAACCCUAAACAGGGAGAAAUGCGAAAAGCUGAUUCGCUGCAAUUCCUCGAAGAACGCUAAAAGGAAAUUCAUAAAGGAGAGGAAAAGAAGAAAGAAUGUACACCCAUUCGAGAAAAAGUUUUUUCUCGACGCUGUAGAAAAUUUCUUAGAUUUACAUUUCAAUGCAGUUCAUCUGAAGGCAGUUUGUGAACAUUUUAUAAAAUAUUGUAAGGACAACAUAGAAUCUACCACUCCACAGAAUUGUCUACGUAGAUUCAGUAAAAGGGCCUCCAAAGGGGGAAAUCACUCUGUGGAAAUAUUAGACUUCACUGAAAAGUAUAGUAGAGACUAUUCUCCGUACGUCAAGUUUAUAGAAUAUAACACCAAAUGCGGAAUGAAAGAUGAAGAAAGAAAGUUAGCUGUUCUAAUUAAAAAGCAGCUUGUCAAAAUGAAAUAUUUUACUUACACAAAAAGAAAAAGUAAAGCAAAUGUUCGAGGUAAGAAGGGGCCACUCGUUCCAAAAGAUGCACAAUCAAGCGCUUCACUUCACAAAAUGAGUGACACAAAUGAUAUGAAACUGUCGAAACCAAAUAAGGGGUCAUUCAUCGUAGUACGACAAAUCGUCAUGGAUAUAUAUAAUGUAGACAUGCAUUAUCAUGACAACUGUGUGGAAGCUUGCAAAGGAACCCCGUUGUGGUGUGCCUUUUUUUUUGAGUGCUAUCCUCUGAAGGAUAAUGUUGUCACCACGAACUGCAGCAUCAAAUUGAUAAGUAUACCUUACGUAAACGAAAAAGAACAAAAAAAUAAAAUAAAAAUAAACAAAAAUAAAAAAAAAGAUAAAAACAAAAAAAAUAAGAAUAACGAAGGAAAAGCAAAAAACAUCGCAAACGUAGUAGACAUUCUAAACCAUUUUAGCAGUACUGCCCCACAAGUAAAAAACAACAGGAGUUUUAUAUCCUUAGCAGUUUCAACAGAUAUGUGCAAAACGUAUAAGGUACGAGGGAUCAUUAUGGAAUCUUUAAAUUCCACAAAUGAAGAGUAUCGUGGCACAUGUCAAAAGGGAAUCGUAAGAAUAAUAUGCAUACCAUAUUGUAUUAAAAGUGAUAUCCAUCAGUUCAUACGAAGUGAUAUUUACUACGAAUUGUACCAAGCAGUUUAUUUAGCGCGAAAUUCCUAUGUGAUAUUUCAAAGGGCAAUUAUGAAUAGCUUUUGUAGUAUAACUCAUCAGCAGUCAUUCUUGUGCCUACAGAAUUUUCUAGAAAAUUGCAUUACAAAAAUGGGCGAUUCCUUCUUCCAAAGAGAAAUGUCCAAAUUCGCCAUAUUUAGAGCUGCGUCCAAUGCAAUCUUAAUCUCAACAACAGUGAGAAACAAAUUACCCUUCCCAAAACCCUUAUUUUUCAAGGAGUACAAAAUUAUGGUUACACAAUAUCAGAAUAUCGUUAAUUAUGCCAUUUUUUUUCUUGAUCUGUGUGAACAUAUCAUCACUUAUCAUUUUAAAAAAAAAAAACUUCUACUACUAACAAAAGAAAAAAUAUGUUUAUUACUCUAUUACUUUGGACAUCAGUAUGGGGUUGUGAAUUAUCAGCGCAAAUAUUUUUUUCAUCAUAUUUGUAGCAAACGUUGUAGUAAGCAGGAAAAGUAUUGCGAAAGAGAUUUUAUUAGCUGUUUGUCUGAUCUGAAAAUGGAGGAUAUCAAAUCUGAAGUGGAAACAAAUUUACCAGAAUAUAUGCAACAAUUCAAGGAUAAGAAUUGGCAGACGGAAAAUUCGCAUCAAUGUGUACAGGAGAAAGAAUUAUUUCUUCAUCAUCAGAAUACUCCAUGUAGUUUUACAAAUCAUCAUACUACACUAUAUUACGCAAUGAAGAAAUUAAUUCUCUACUUUUUUCACUACUUCGCUUCCCCAUGGGACGCCAAAAUGAAAUAUAAGGAUGUUUGCAAAAAGAGGCAUAAAUUAAAGAAGCUCAGUGCUGAUGCAUCGGAAUGCAGAAAAAACUUUUUGCACGUACAUGUUAUAAACACGCUUACUGGUUUCCUGAAACGCGAUUUUGUGAAAUUAGUAUAUGCUGCAAAGGGAGAGGGGUACAAUAUCCGCGGCCCUUCCGAUCGCAAUGCAACUAGUAUCUAUAGCACUUCCAAUGAAUGCUCCCGUAGUACACACGAGGGAAGCCUGAAAAAUAAAACACAAUUAGGAAUAGAACUUGAUGCAGGACAUCGCAGAAACGAAGUGCUACAAAAUCCCAACUGCACACAUAAAUCUGAAGAAGGGGGAAGGACAGCAUGCACAAGUGAUCAUACGCAAAGGAACAAGCCAAAUAAUUACCUCCCCCCAAUGCUGGACCGACCUGAAAGUACACACUCUCAAUAUUUAAAAUUCCAAGUCAAAGGAGAAUUAGUUUUACACAUCCUGCACGGAAGGGGCAAGCACAAAAUACGCUGUGGUAGCAACAAUUAUAAGCUAGCUAAUCCUACACAUAAACCGAGUGACAGCGGAAGGCAUAUAGCCCAAACGAACCCUAACAGUAGUGAUCAUUACUACAUGGAAAAAGGAACCUUCAUUAAACUUCAGAACAACGUAGUUAGGGCAACUGGUCAAGUGCAAAACAGAACUAACUACAUGCCGAAUUAUACGCAAAAUGACACAUGCACGAAUCUCAACAAACUUAUUAAUAAUAAACAUAUGGAAAAUAAUUGCAAUACAAACAUAAACAUUAUUAGGGAUCAGUUAACCUCUUCCAUGGAGAGACCUACUUACCAUAGAAACCUUUGCACGGGAUGUCAAAAUAUUUUAAGCCAUAAUAUGAGGCAUAUAAGUUCCUAUCACAAUGGGCAACAAAUAAAGUGGCAAACGAAUCCGAACAGUUUAAUGCACGGAAGUGGAAAGGAGGGUUGCAGAAAUGGGUGGAAGAAUACCCAUUGUCGCAACAAUUGUGGAAGUUAUUUCCAUAAUAGCAUUCCCCAUAGCACUAUCCCCCAUAGAGGAUACCACCAGAAUGGUUAUCAGCAUAAUGGUUACGACCAACACGGACAUCAUCAGAACCGUUUUGUCCAUAAGCACAUUUCCCAUGAUGGAAGUUUCCAUAACUGUUAUUGUGAUUAUCAGAAUCGCAUCCACCGCAGCAGUAAGGAUUUUAUGGGAAGAAAUAACAACGUGUGUCAGUACAGCAACGGAAUUUUCGUGCAAAAUGGACAACUCCCGCAGAAUGAAGAAAAAGGAAUGAGUUAUUACUUCAACGCCUUUUUCAACAGCAAUAUGAAUAACAACAAUUUCACCACAGCCAUCGACAAGAACAAUGAAACAAACUGCACCCAUAGGUACACUCAACCUCAUCAAAAUAAUGUCCCACCAUAUUAUUAUAUCAUUCCCAAUCGUAUGCAUACUAUUAAUAAUAUCAAUUUUAACAGGCAAAAUGAAUUGUGUAAAAUGUGCAAAAAUACAAGUGUGAGAAAAAAUGAACAUUAUUAUCAUACCAGGAGGUGUGCCAAUUUAUUUGGAGGAAUUACGAAUAUGAAAAAGGACUGCCACCCUCACAAUACAAAUGGUGGGCUUCCUGCUAACAAGGACAUAAAUGAAGAUGGCAUUGAUCAACAGGGCUUAUCCAGUAAUGCCUUAAACAACCAAAUGGAUAGAGGAAUGCUCCAAUCGAAUUACAAGGGUAAUUUUCCAUAUGCGAAUAUGCACGCUUUAGAUAAAACUAGUACACUGAAUGUGUACAGCAACUGCAAUAAUGUGAAAAGGGAUACGAACAUCAUCUGCAUGUGUGGUGCCAGGAUCGAGCAUAGGGACAGCGAAAGUGGUGGUAAAGAAUGUGCGGAGAAGGAUGGCGGAAAGAAUCAAAGAGGUAAUGACGAGGGAAGUGGCAACCAAGGCGAAAAGGAAAGCAAUGGGGAUGGCAAAAAUAGCGGCGUUGAGAAGAACAACGACCAAAAUAACAACAACCACAACAACGACAACAGUAAUAGCGGUCGAAGCGGCAGACCAAACGGCGAUAACAGCAACGACGACAACAACAAGGAGGACGAUAACGAGCAGGAGGAAAAUGACCAAAACAAAAGGGGAUGCAAUAAAAACAACGCAUGCAGCACUACCGCAAAAAAGAAAAAAAGCAAAAAAAAAAAAACAGAAAAGAAAAUGGUCAAUUAUAAACAUAAGAAUAUUCAGAAGAAAAGUAUGCUUAAUUCUAAGUCGGCUAGAGGGGGGAGAAACAAAAAUAACAGAUUUCCCAAGAGCAAAGAAGAAAAUACUAAAAAUAAUAUAGACAACAACAAGGAGGAUACAGACAAGGAAGUAACUCCUCGCAACGAGAAUAGCACCGAUAAGGAUAAAUUGAACAAUGAAGACCUAAUAAGUUCGAAGGUUAUUAUCAAUGUGGAAAAAUCACAAACGGAAAAAUCUCCCGAAAAUUGUAGCUCAUUGAAGCGCUAUUUAGAUUUCGUAAAGAACAUAGAUUAUGACAUAAAAUUUGGAAAUGCAUACAUAAAGUUAGGAAAAAAACUCAGUUCCCAAAAUAAAUGCCAAUUUGAUGUGUAUGAAGCAGAGGUUGUGGCCGUAGACAAUAUUAGCAACUUUUUCCAUGGCGACAUUCAAAACUUUGAAAACUUCUAUAGCUUACUUAAAAGAAAUAUAAACAACUAUGAUUUUCUGAAAACAAAUAUAAAUAAUCAAAAUUAUGGGGAAACCCUCGAAAUUGAUGACAGCAAUGUAGAGGAUUUCCUCAAAAUAUCUCAGGAUUCCCAUUUAAUUCUUAACUAUUUUAGCAAUACUAUAAGAGCUGCAAAGGAAAAUAGCAAAAACAGCUCAACAAAUUCCAAAAACGUACUUUCCAGGAAAAGGAACUUUUUAUCGUAUAUGAAUCUACCGCAGAAUGACACUUCCAUGGAAACCUCUAACGAUCAGCCAAAGCCCGUCCAAGAAGAAAUGCCGCAAAGCGUGCACAUCAAUAAUGUGGGUAGUACCAAUGAGAACAUAAGUAGUAUGAAGAAGUGGAAAAAUGCAGGUAGCAAUAUGCUGGAAGGCACUCCCAAGAGCAAUACUAAUACUAACGGAGCAGGCCGGAAUGGUAUGUACACCUCCAGGAUAGUUAGCACUAAUAGAAAUGCGAAUGCGAAUUCUGCCACUAGUGCUAAAAAUGAAGGCCCCAGUGUAAGACCACAAGACUCAAAUGCUAUAAAUAGAGACGGCGCCGUCCUUGUAGACAGCCAACUAGGGAAUGCGGGACUUGUCCAAUUGGGUGCCCUGCCAAUAGGCCCAAACGACACACAUUCCAAUUUCUUAAGCAAUCGAAAAAUUAGCAAAAAUUGCUUUAUCACGAAGAAGAAGGAAUUGUUUUCUAAUUGCGAGGGUAACAAUAAUGGCAAUAAUAGUAUCAUUGGUAACAGUGGUAAUAUCCCCGUUGCACGGGGCAGACUGACCAACCUCCCAAGCUCGAAAAGCAUGGACAAUUUAUGCCAAAAUGAGCAGCCAAAUGAGCAGCCAAAUGAGCAACCAAAUGAGCAACCAAAUGAACAACCAAAUGAACAACCAAAUGAGCAGCCAAAUGAGCAGCCAAAUGAGCAGCCAAAUGAGCAACCAAAUGAACAACAGAACAGCCCUGAAAGCGUUCCCCGGAGCACGCUCUGCAAGAGCCUCAUCCAUACAAUAAACAAAGUAAAUUUCCUAAGGAUAUUUGGAUAUAAGUCAAUAUACGAUCUAUUAAAGGAUCAAUGUAAAGUGUUGCUUGUGCAGAAGAUGACCAUGGAAGCAAAUACCAUGCACAAUAUAAUCAAGCACGUAAUUAGAUACAACUACAUCCAUGAUCACAUAAAUAAUCCCUUUACGAUUUAUCAGCAUUCGUUAAAAAAUAUACCAGCCAAUAAGUUUGCCAUCAAAAUAUUAAAUACGAGUACAUGUGGCAUAUACAAAUUGAAAUAUAAAAUACACAGUCUCCUAUCUGAGGGAAAACAACUCAAGAAUGUCAACAUGGAAAUUGAAAAUUAUGCACAGAGAAAAUAUCAGUCGGAGGAAUAUCUAAGAAAAUGUCAUGAAAAAAGUGUGAAAAAUCUUGUUCAAAAUAAAAAAUCUACCCAGAUCGAUAACCUCUCAUUUUUGAACAUCUCAAGUUCUGAUUUAUCAAACAGCCAAUACUUAGAAUCGUAUAAAAAUUUCUAUUCCCCCAAAGAAACUAGCACAAAUAACCAUAUUGAUAUUUGUCUCUCCAUGAAUAAAUACCCCGAUUCGUGUCGCUCCUCAGAUGAAAUGCUAGAUUUGUACCUUUCAGAAAUUCUCAGCAUUAGAAAUUUAAUGAAUAACUCAUUUUCACCCAAUAAUGAUAUGCACGCAUGCAUUAAUGAACACCAACCCCAAUACAACUGCAGCAUGGGAAUUGAAAAAACGAGUGAACACAAAAAUAUCUGUGGAAGUAAUGGCCUAAGUAGCACUACCACUAAUACAAAACAGAACAGCAUCAGCAGUAACAACCUCACCAGCGACCUAAGUCAAAUUCCAAUUGGAGACAUUUCCACCAAUUCUCCAAACAACAUUUCUUACCCAUUUAUCUGCAAAUACUGCUUAAACAUUUUCUUCGACAAGGAUACGCAGUUACCAAGUGAUGGGAAUAAAAGCAUCUUAAACAAAAGCCUUCUUAACAUUUAUGCUGAAAGAAAUAAUGAAGAAAACAACCUUGUUUGGGAAACCACUACUGCGAAGAAGAAAAAAAUGAUGGGGCAAAAUGUGGACAGCCUUGGUCAUUCAUCCUUAUCGAAAAAUGAUCCACGCGUGAAGGAAGAUAAUUACAUUGUUCAAGUGAAUGGUAACGGAAGAAACAAGGAAGAAAAGGAAGAAAUUGACGAAAAGAAAAACGCCACCAGCAAUAGCGGAAGUGAACCCCUCACUCGCAGCACCGUAAGCAAUCGUGGUAGUCGCAGGAGCAGUCGAAGUAUAUACCUACACACAAGAAACAAAAUAAGGAGGCAAAGCAUUAGGAGAAAACGAAAAAGUAUCGCCAACAACAAACAGAAUGCCCGCAAAAAUAAAAAUGUCCGAAAUAAGCGGAUUACCAGAAAGGAAACCAAAUUAAAAACAAACCAUAAAACUAUAAACAAAAGAAGAGGAAAUGAUACCAAGGAGAAAAAGAAAAUUGCCAAUUCUGUAGUCAAAAAUGAAGAUACAGAUAUCAUGAAUGAGAAAAAUAGGCAACAAAAUAAUACUUAUAUUAACACAAAAUUAUCGAAUAUUUCUGCACCAGGUUGUAAACCCAUAUCUCCAGUAAAGAGGGAAGUGCUCCAGAGUGUAGUCUCUUGUAUUUCCUCCCCGCGUAAAACCCUACCCCAAAAUUACGAACUACCGAAACUUCCACUAAAUGUCCACGCACCAGAUAAUUCUCCAAAUGAUAAUAUUAACAAUCCCAGCAAAAUGAAAAUCAACGUAUGUAAAAGGUGUAAGGAGAAAAAUGCACCACCACGCGAAAGUUCCAUAGCAAAAGAAAUUUUAAAAAAAUACAAAAAACACCCCGGUUCAGUACCAAAAUAUCUUUGGACAUCUGUUGGAAUAACAAAAAAUAAUGAACACGUUCUAGGAGUAGCUAUGCAAAUGAUUGACGGUUGUACAUUAACGUAUAUUAUUCAAAAAUUGAAAGGGACGGAAAAUGUAAAACAAGGUCAUUUCCUAUUGGAUAUUUGCAAAAAAUUAGUUAAACAUUUAAUGAUUAUAUGCGAAUCUGUUGAUAAUCCAAUCAUCAAUUGGGAUACCAAACCAGGAAAUAUUAUGAUUGAAUACGAAACGGGAAUCUCAAAAAUAGUUUGUAAAAAGGUUACCAUCAUAGAUGUGGGUGAUGCAUUACCAGGGAGAUCGUUCUAUUUUCCAACUAAUCCUGCCUACUAUGAAAAAAUUAAAAGGAAUAAUUCUCAAAAAAAUUUCAAUAAUUUCUUGUAUUAUGUAAUAUGUACUAAGGGGUUUUGCUCUCCUGAAUGUGCCCUGCUAGUUUUCCUAUUGUCAUCUCUUAAUAAAUCUGAACAGUUUAGAAAGACAUGGUAUGGCCCCGAUUCGAGCAUUUUCCACAUUAUGAAAACGAGACAGUUAAGAAUAAAGUACAGAUGGAAAAAACUCCUAGAUUUGCGUUUUAUUCAGCCCAUUGUGAGGAAGAAAGAUUUUAUGCUUAGUGGUCAGUCACUUAGUCCAGUGAGUCCCAAAUGCUCAUGCAAUAGUGAAGAAGAUGAUGCACGAUCCGUUUCUUCCAGGAAUAGAGAUAGUACUUACUGUACCAGUGUCAACGGUAGCAGCAGCUAUAACAACAGGAAUGACGCCAAGAAAAGUACCUUUUCCAACACCAAAGGAAACAGAACUGGUAGUAAGAGAACGACCCAGAUGAAGAGAAACGCUCCAGUUCCCAACCAGGUAUGUGCCAAGGUGGGACUUCCUCACAACCAUCCCCAUACCACCCGUACCAGCCGAAAUGGAACCAUACGAAGCAGCAACAACAGUAACCAGCUCAAUGGCAACCCCAGCAACAGCAUUCCUCACAAUCGCAUUGCCCCAAAUGGCAACUACAACAACACGAAGAUGUUCCAGAAAGACGGAGAUAAGGAAAUAAAUGGAAACAACGGAAACAACAAAAGCUGUACAAAUCCCAUUAGAAAAAAUAAGAACAGUGCACCCACAGGAUGUAAACCAAAUAACCUUCUCCCAACCAACGCCAAUUCAGAGAACACGAAUGCACACUCAUCGGAAAAAGGAGCAACCUUGAAUAGUCAUCAUCCAAAUAGCGAACAGGAAGACCUAUUAAGAGGUUACUACUUAAUGAAGAUAUGCACACAUGACAUGGAGGAUGAUGGUGAGCUAGAACAUUACUCAGAUAACGAAGAAAUAAAAGAGUUUGUCAAUAAAAAAGAUGAAAAAAUAAAAGAUAUGGAAAUAAAAUUAAGCGAAUCGGAAAAGAAGAAAAAAAAAAAAAGAGAAAAUGAAUAUUUUAAAAUGCAAAAUAUUGACUCAUGGGUUAUCAAGUUCACAACAAAAACCACAAUCUUCAGCGUUGGACUAGUAUUAUGCCAAUUAUUUGGUGGAAACAACUUAUUAAGCGUCGUUAACAAAGAUGAAGUAAAGGUAGUCGAUGUGUUAUGUGAAUGGAAUUGUGAAAAUAGUAAGAAUAUUUAUUCUGGAGAAAAAAAUAUUACCAUUAAUGAUCUAUUGCCAAGUAGAGGAAUUUUUGCUGAUGUCCUAUGGAAAAGGAGAAUUAAAAACAUAAUAAAAAAAUGUUUACAAUUUAUACCAUCCAGAAGAUGCUCAUUUAAGGAAUUGUACGAAGACGUAAAAAAAUUGAAAAGAGAAUUUGAAGCUUAUUAUGAUUUGAACGAUGACUCCACAUGUGAUUUUUAG